AUGGAGAUAAACCUGACAGAGAAUAAAGAUAGUGUACAAGAGGGCAUUAAGUGGGCACAGCUUGCCAUUCUGAACCCAGGAAGGCCGUCUACUGACUACCAACCCGGCAAUAACGCUAACACUGAUGAGUCUUAUUACCAAGUGAAGUUCUCCCCAAAUGUGGUUCGGUUGGACAUCUCAGCACCUAACUUCCCUAAUCUCUCCUUCUAUGAUCUACCUGGUGUCAUCAGCCAGGCGGAACACGACUAUGAGCAGUACCUGGUUUCACUGGUGGAGAACCUCGUGAAAGAGUACAUCUCGAAAGAAAAUUGCAUCAUCCUGCUGGCACUUCCGAUGACCAAGUAUGUGAUGAACUCCAGAGCUGCACAUAUCAUGCGGGAUAUCCCUGGCGCCAAAGAAAGAACUCUCAGUGUCCUUACAAAACCUGACUGUAUCCAGACAGGCGAGUCGUAUGCCCAGUGGGUCGAGAUUCUGGAAGGAGAGAAAUUUAGACUUGGCCAUGGCUACUACGUCGUCCGCAACAAUCCUAACCCGGCCGUCGAGCAUUCUCGCGCGAGAGAAGAGGAGGCUGUCUUCUUUGCAAACGGUCCCUGGGCAACAGAACUAUCUGCCUACCAGGACAGAUUUGGCACCAGAAACCUACAAGCAGCGCUUUCAGGUCUUCUUCUGGAGCAGAUCCAGGGCUGUCUUCCAAGGAUUAUCGAACAAAUUAACGAGAAAGCCGCGCGAAUCGAGGCAGAGUUACAGACACUACCCGAACCCCCCUCGGCAAACGCCCCGUUCAUCCUUUGCGGCAAAUUGAACCAUCUCAAAGACCAGAUCCGUGCCCAUAUCAACGGCGGCUCAGCUCAGUAUCCUCUCCAAAAGAUAUGGGGCAACAUUGCAAAGGACUUUAAAAGAGCUCUGUUGAAAACCAGGCCGACCGUCCAGCUACUUGCCCAUUCAGACAAGAUGGCCAUUCCCAUUGCGCGUCAGGAUGCUGACUCUGACUGUGAAAUAAUCGCAGUACAGCGAUUUGUGAGCGUUACCAUGAAUAGGAAACGCAAGACCCCAUGCGAUCGACCUACUCUAACUCUAGCGGAGCCAAAGCCAGAACAGCCCUCAACCCUGAAGCCGUCAGGUUAUUAUAUAGAACACUUUAAUCAGUUUGACCGUCCUGCACGAAUGUUCACUUGGGAAGAAAUCAGAGAAAUUAAUGAGGACUCUUAUCGUGCUGGUAUUCCUGAUCCGACAGACCCCAAAGCCGUGGACUUCAUGAACCAGAUGAGCGUUGAGCACUGGGACGAACCAAUGCAAGAAUUCUUGAAGGCAACUUACCAGCUACUGAGGGACUUAUUAAUGAAACAACUCAAAGAAGUCUUCACACCAGACUACCAGACCAGUCUCUACCAAGAGCUUGAACGCAUCACUGGCAACUACCUCCAAACACUUCACAAGGAGCACUUAGGACACGCACAAGAGAAGUACAAUAUUGAGCAUAACAAGCCUUUCACCAUGGCAAUCCAGGCCCUUGAACAGGCCACGGAAAAUGCUGAAAAGUAUCUGAAAGCUCAUCGACACGAAGCAAGGUCGCACUGCUUUCUCAAUCUUCAAGGCAAAAUCCCACAGGGAGACCCACGCCGCAACACUGAGAUUAAGAAACUCACUGCUACAGAGCUCGGGCCUGACAGAUUUAUUCAGGAACUCAAGAUGAUGGCGCAUAGCUUUGCUGAGCGCGGCGGCAGAGGCCCCUGGCUGCAGGACAACGGCAGGGAUGAUGAUGAUGAUGAUGAUGAUGAUGAUGAUGAUGAUGAUGAUGAUGAUGAUGAUGAUGAUGAUGAUGAUGAUGAUGAUGAUGAUGAUGAUGAUGAUGAUGAUGAUGAUGAUGAUGAUGAUGAUGAUGAUGAUGAUGAUGAUGAUGAUGAUGAUGAUGAUGAUGAUGAUGAUGAUGAUGAUGAUGAUGAUGAUGAUGGGCUCAAUGAUAUCCUGGGGGCGAUGGCGAUGGAGCAGUUUCCGGGUCAAUCCAUAGCUUUGUAG